GCUGCUGUAUCCCCUCGGAGUCAAUGAAGGGGGAUCGAUCUGGGGGUACCUGCGGGUGAAUAAAGACUGGAUGACUGAAGGAAGCCCCGCCCCACCCCAUGGCAAGGAAUAGGGCAAAACUUAUGACUAGGCCACUUCACUCCAAGUUAAGGUACUUCUUAUAACUUCACCAUUUGAUUUCCAGGAGCUGCAGGUGGAGCCGAAAGUGUGGCUCUCAAUUUUUUCCCCUAAGGAUGAAUCUUGGAACAACGUAGUGGUGAAAAGCAGAGCGAUGGGAGAUACGAAUUAGUGUGGAAGAGAAUCUAAUUACUUCUGAAGGUAGACGAAUAAGGUUAAGUAGAGGCAAUUGGACAUCUGGAUCAUUCUUGUCAGUUUCAAAGUCUUGGUGAAACUUCUUCCUGCUGCAUAUUACAAGUCUCAUUCAUUGUCCCCAUUAAAAAAAACAAAAAACGAAACAAAAAAACAACCUUUAUUGGAAAUGGACUCAGAUGACUGAAAGAAAAUAACCAAAACCUCACCGGUAGCUUCAGCUGAUUCUUACACUAUCGUUGCGACAUAUACAUCUAUCUUUAAAAGCAUUAGAUGUCCUAACUCACUGCUAGUGUUUUUAUUCUUAAACACCCCAGCUGAGUUAUUUUUAAGAGCUCCAAACAAUGACAGAGAACUUUCUGUAGAUGAAAUACCAGUUUACAUAUUAAACUGGUUACUCAAACUUAUUUAUAAUUUAUACCUAUCAAUGUCAUCUAUCAAAACAUAAAUCAAAAAGUUUAAAUACUUGAUGUCAAGUCGCUCCUUCCUGUUUCAAGCAGCUCCACAGAAACUUUCAUGUCCUGAAAUGGCCGGCACUGCGCAUACUCCUUAAUGAUUAACUCAUUAGAUACCACUUUUUCCUUUUUAAAAUGGACACAUAUUAGCAACAAGUCACAUGCAUGCCCUCUUUUUGUUUGAAUACAAUAUUCAAUUAAGCAUUAAAAAAAAACCCACUCUGAAAUCCUCAAUCACAAACCUAAAAGUUAAAACAACAAAAUCAGCACUAACUGUAAUGGUUUUGAAAGUUAAAUACAUUUCAGCACAAGUAAUAGACAUUUAAAUUAUCCAACUGUAAGUAUCUUGUUACACUUACAAAUUAAGUCGGUUUUUCAAAACCAGUACAAUGAAUGUUAAGUGUCCUAUUUAUUAGUUAAUAAAAUGUGCAGAGUGUUUAAUAAGAUUAAGUAUCGAAUUUAUAACAUCCAGACUGAGAUCCAGUGGUAACAAAUACACUAUGUCAUGGUAAAAAAAAAAAAAAGUCAUUAGUAACAAUAACCCCAUUCCCUAAAUUGCGACAAUCAAGUAUCUCUACAUUCCAUCUUGUUUUGGCAAUGAUAUUUACAAACAACUUUUACACUGACUUUGGGAUUAAUGGAGAAAAAUGUCGUUGACUGCCCUUAAAAAGAAAAAAAAAAAAACAUGUUUAGCAAAUGUACAAUUAUCAUGUAAAACUCCACAACUUUCUCCCAACAUUUUGUUCCACGCAAAUAUACGAGCCAUCAUGUCAGAAGUUAAAGUCAUGCCUAAUUUAACAUUUCCUUAGUUGACUACUUAGAAAAACAAAAGUUCAUUCGAAACAGCAUCGGUGUCAAAGGCGAAGGUCCCUUCCAGAUUGCUCUUGGAAUCAAAUUCAUUUAUACCUUUCACCCUAACCCCUUUCAUCUCUCCCAGUGAUAGUACAACGAGUUACACCCCUAAAAAGCCACCUCGAUCCCCUAGUUUACAUAUUUCCCCUUAGACUGAAAUUUACUUACGAAAAGAGAUUACAAAGGGGCGUCUUGUCACUUCAGGAGAGGGUCAUUCACUGAUACAAUAGACAAAGAAUCGAUACUUUCGAGUUGCCAUAGCCCCACCCCCUUCUGAACUGCAAUGUGUUUGGCUAAAUGAUUUAAGAGCCAAAGAAUACGCCUCUUCCUCUGUUCAUACUCUACAACGUUUUGUCUUUUAAUUUUGCAUAUGCCUUCGUCCCCCACACCCCAAACACACGAUGUACCUUCUCUCGGCGCAUUCUAGCCAAACUUUCACAAUGUCAAAUCCCUACGGGGAAAACUAAACAACCUUUAAAGUUUUAAUUCGGGAGAGACAAUGUGAAAUUAAUCACACAUUUCUUUCCAAGACAUAACUAACUUCUUGCAAAUAAGAGGAAAAGUUCAUUUACAUUCUGUCAAAACCAGUCGCUCCCGACCCUAGCGAGGCUGACAGUCGGUCACUGCCCCUUACUCAGUUUUCUCUCCCCGCCCCUCCAUGUUAGUUGUUGUUGUUUUUUUCCCAGUCCGUUUCCUGAGAAUUUCCCGGCCGCACUCAUUUGUUAAACACUUUAAAUGUCAGAUUUGCCCCCAUCCCGCCCGCAAAACGUGCUUUACAACCCCCAAACGCCACAGCACUUUUUUCAGAAUUAUCACCAGAUGUUUUUCUGCCUGCCGUAACCCACGUUACAGUCGGGAAAGACGCCAGCCACCAAGUCCCUUUUUAAAAAAUCGCAUGUCACCUCUGGCUCCACUCGAAAAUGGCGCCGAAAUCGAAGAACUUCUUAAAUUUCAUUGCAAGCUUUUUGCAAAGGUUUCUGGGAUUUGCCUGCGAAGCUGUUUCGCCGCGUCCGAGAGCGAGCGAACGUGCAAGCCAGCGAGGGAGACAGGGAGGAAGGAAGGGCUGGGGAGGCGGAGAGACAGACCGAGCGAGCGACACACGGACAGCGACGGACAGCGACAGAAGCGGGGCCCGGGACUUGGGAGACGGCGAGGUUGCGGGGCGCGAGGUGCUGGGCACGGAGCUACAGGGACGGAGAGCCGAGAGCCGGGGUCGUAGCGCGGAGGGGGCGCUGGCUGCUGCCGAAGCUCGGAGAGCGGCGUGGCGGAGGCGGAGCGGAGCCGAGCGAGGGGCCAGAACGGAACGCUCCCUUGGAGGCGAGCGGCGCAGCCGGCGGAGAGGCUCCCGGAGCCGCCCUAGAAAAAGCCGGCUCGGGGGGCGUGGCCACGCGCUGUGGCGCUCCCCGCCCCCCGGUGGCCCCGCUCGGCUCCGGGGCCCGGGGGCGGAAGGGGGGAGGGGAGGAGAGGAGCUGUAGGGAAGGGGGUUGUGCAGGCGCUCGACGCCGCAGCCUUGGCCCGCUGCGGGGGAGGGCCGAGAAGGGCACUGGGCGCCCAGAGUAACCAACACCGAGACGAAUAGCGAGGGCUCGGGGAGAAAAAACGGAGGAUGGCAAACGGCAAAGCCAAGGGCACGAGGUAGCGCAGCGCGCACCCAGAGGCUCCUGGGACGGACACCACCCCACGCUCACGGGUCCUCUGGCGGUGUCCUUUGAGCUGCCGGGACGGCGCAAGGUGGCUGAGCGAGGCUUUUUGCUCGGUGCUUACAGGGAGUACCUGAGAUGGUUUGGGAAAGGAAACAGGGGGUCUCAGACCGCUUGGGUGCAGCGCUCUCCCCAUGCGUUUGAGUGCAGAUCUGUCGAGACGCCCCAGCCUUCGCCACCCCACCAAGCUCUCAGGUAGAGAGGCCCCGGGACAGGAAACCUGUUUAUGCACCCUGCUGCAAUCCCACCACCUGCCCAGGCCAAGUGAGCCCCUCUCCGCUACUGGUGUUUCAUAAUGCUGGGAGCUACUUUGAUUUCAUGCAUUGCCCUUCAGCUGCCAUGUUAUGAGGACACUUGGAGAAAGCUACAGGAGAGGAACUGAGGUCUCCUGCCAUCAGCCACUUGAGUGAGCAUGGGAGUGGAUUCUCCAAACUCCAGUUAAGACUUGAGAUGUCCACAGUGGCAGCCACUAGCUUGACUGCAACUUACGAGAGACACUGAGCCAGAGGCACUCAGCUAAGUCAUACACAGUUUCCUGACCCGUAAAACCUGUGACACAAUGAAGGUUUGUUGUUUUGGGGGUAAUCCGUUAUUCAGCAAUAGAUAACGAAUACAGAAGGCUUGUAAUUGUAUAACCAACGUGAGUUUAUAAGCGGAUAUCUGACCUCAUUUGUUUUCUCCUGAAAAAGUUAUAGAAAAAUCACAAGACUGCAAGUCACUCUCUCUCUUUCUUUUGUGGGGAAUAAACAAGUAUAAUUACAAUUUCUAAACCUAUUGUUUUAUUCUCAAAUAUAAUUACAAUUUAAACAGGAUAUUGUAGAGCUCCAUCAUAGGGAUUAACACUAAUUAGAAUUAAAGAACGUUUUUGUGAAAGUCAGCUUUUUUUUUUUAAAUAAACACUCGUCCCUUGAUAAUGUAUUUCUUUUUCAUAAAAUUAAAAAAAAAUUGUGGGUUGUAGUAGGUGUAUAUAUUUAUGUGGUACAUGAGAUGUUUUGAUACAGGCAUGACGUGUAAUAAUCACAUCAUGGAAGAUGGCGUGUCCAUCCCCUCAAGCAUUUAUCCUUUGUGUUACAAACAAUCCAGUUACACUCUUUUUGUUAUUUAAAAAUGUACAAUUAAAUUAUUAUUGGCUAUAGUCACCCUGUUGUGCUAUCAAAUAUUAGGUCUUAUUCAUUCAUUUAACUAUUUUUUUGUACCUAUUUAUCAUCCCCAUCCCCGGUUCCCUCCCACCACCCACCCCACUACCCUUCCCGGCCUCUGGUAACCAUCCUUCUACUCUCUAGCUCCAUGAGCUCAAUUGUUUUGAUUUUUAGCUCCCACAAAUAAAUGAGAACAUGUAAUGUU